CUUUAACAGGGAGUGGAAAAGUGUGCUCGAUCAUUGACAGACUGGCUAAUUGUUGCAAUCAAUUAUGUUAUACUUAAUCGGAUUGGGUUUAGGAGAUGCCAAAGACAUCACUGUUAAGGGUCUGGAGAUCGUGAGGAGAGCCAAACACGUGUUCCUCGAGGCCUACACUUCCAUACUAUCGGUUCCAAAGGAAACUCUUGAAGAAUUUUAUGGCAGAAAAGUAGUCAUCGCUGACAGAGAUUUCGUAGAGCAGUCAUCAGAUGACAUACUCGCAGAUGCCGUCGACAAUGAUGUGGCCUUUCUUGUGGUGGGAGACCCUCUCGGAGCGACCACUCAUACGGACCUGAUAUUGAGGGCCCACCAGACAGGUGUUCAGCACCGACUCAUACACAACGCCUCGAUUAUCAACGCUUGUGGUGCGUGUGGUCUUCAGUUGUAUAACUUCGGCGAAAUUGUUUCCAUUCCCUUCUGGACUGACAGUUGGAAACCAAACAGUUUUUUCGAUAAGAUAUGCGCUAAUCUUAAGUCCGGAUUACACACACUGUGUCUCUUAGAUAUUAAAGUGAAGGAGCAGUCGAUUGACGCUAUGAUUAAAGGGAAAGUAGUCUACGAACCGCCCCGUUAUAUGUCUGUGAAUAUAGCAUCGAAACAAUUGUUAGAAAUCAUUGAAUCGAAA